AUGUCAAGCGAGCAGGUGGAUGAAAACACUAGUGGUGGGAUUCAUGGUCUUUAUCGAUGGACUAUGGAUGCCUUGUUUGGAUCAAGAGUAUCACCAUCUCGAAAGUAUAGAGAAUUUGCACAAGACGAUACCAAUUAUAAAUCUAGAGAUGAACUCUUCAAGGGUAGCUAUAAGGAUGGUAAUAGCAGAGGUAGAUCGAACUCUUGGAGUGGACUAGAUCCGAAUUUUUACAGGCGACAUGAUUUACUACCGCUGGAAGAAAGUCAAAGUAGUAGCAAGAGCAGUCUAAUGGAUCCUGUUGAUUUGCACCCACGAGCGCCUGCUUCUCCUGUGUUAGAUACUACAGAUACUUUCGGCGCAAAGAAAGGCUCUUGGAGAAGAAGUGAAUCUACCAUUGAAUUCAAAUCACCGAGUGCUGAUGAUCCGGUGGUAUCCAGACUUUUCGAAAAGAGGAAGCCAAGACAUAAAGAGAACGUUAUUACUCAAAGAUUGGCACCACAGAUUCCUGGUAAAUUUCCAUCACCUGUAAAGGGCCCAUCGUCGGAUUAUACAUCAGAAUACUUGGAAAUCUUAAACCAAUUGGAUCGUAACGGUAGAGCAUUGCAAGAAGUGAAUAGAGGUCUAUGGGAACGUUGUGAACAGCGUCAGCGUCAAGAAAAGUCGUAUAGAGACAGUUAUCGUGAAACUAGAGCUGAAUUGAUCAAUGAAUUGAAACAAUCUCGUAAAUUGUACGAUAAUUACUACAAACUUUAUGGGAAAUACCAACAGCUAAAGGCCAUAAGCAAAGAAACACUAGAUUUACAAUCCAAAGUCAACAACUUAGAAUCAGAACUGGUGGACACAGCAAUUAAGAAGGAGAAGCAGAUUCAUGAUUUACACAAGCAGCUCUUCCAAGCUGAACUUAGAGCUCAAGAAGCUGAAUCCAGACGUCAACGUGAUGCUAUAGCAUACGAGUCACGAAUUGCAGAUCUACAGAGGCAGUUGGAAAAUCGUUAUAGACCUUCUUCCCCAGUUUCGUAUAGAGAUCAAUCUACACUUUCAGACUACAAUGCGUCUGUGGAUACACAAUUCCUAAAGAACCUGGUCUAG